GCCCCGCCGUCCAGCCAAGGGCCUGGGUCUCCGGUGCCGUGGACCACCCCGCUGGCCUGGCUGGAGAGGAGCGUGGGCACUUCGGCCCUGCUGGAGUCCUGGAGGCAGAGCCUGUCGCUGCCCGCCCUGCAGCAGGACGCCGGCACCAGCGUCACCCCGGUCUCGGCCGCCUCCGCGGGCACCUGCAUGACCCCGCGGGCCCUGCUGGAGCGCGGCACCAACACCUCCGGGGCUGGGCCCCGCGGCGCCAAGGACAGCGCGGCUGAGACCGACUCUCUGCUCUGGCACUGUUUCCGAGAGCAGCUGAGCUCGCUGUCCCGGUCGGAGCUGGAGGGGCGGCUGGAGAGCACCCUCAUCAUCGUGGAGGUCCUCUCGUACCAGCUGCAGGGCUGGCAGCAGAGGCAGGGGUCGGUGCCUGGCGUGGGGCCGGCCGAGCAGCGAGACGCACCCACGCAGACCGACCUCGCCCACCCCGGAGUGGAGGAGCGGUUUUAUCAUGACCUGUAUCUGGAGUCCCGAGAGCGAGUCCAGACCCUGCAGCGGCAGCGGGAGAGCGAACGGGCCCUGUGGCAGGCCGUCCAGCAGGCCACAGGGGAGAUGCGAUCCUGGGCCCUGCAGUCGCGGGCUUUCCUGGACUUCGCAGCCACCUCCUUGCAGCAUGUGCAGACCGACCGGCAAGCCCUGGGCCAGGAGCGAGAGCAGCUGAGGGCCCUGCUGUCCCGGUGCCGCAGCUCGCUGGACAGGGUGGGGAGCAAGCUGCAGCGCUGCCUGGAGGAGCGGGACGAGGCGCGGCGCCGCCAGGGAGAGGCCCUGCAGGCCAAGGAGGCGGGAGAAGCAGUCCUGGAGGAGCUCCGCUGCCACGCCGGCGCCCGCAUCUGCUGCAGUGAGCAGGGGCUGGCGGCCCAGAGAGAGCUGUGCGCCUUGCUGGAGGGGGCGCGCCAGCAGCAGGCAUCCUGGGCCCUGGAGUCAGAGUCAUUCCUGGAAUUUGCCACCGCCUCUCUCUUCAUGCUGCGGGAUGACCGGCGAGCCCUGGGCCAGGGGCAAGAGCAACUGAGGGCCCUGCUGUCCCGGGGCCGGAGCUCUCUGGAGGGGGUGGCGAGCAAGCUGCAGUGCUGCCUGGAGGAGCGGGACAAGGCACGGUGCCGUGAGGAAGAGGCCCUGCAGGCCACGACGGCGGUGUCCAGCAGGCUGGAGGAGGUGACGGGGCAGCGGGAGGCGGCGCUGGCCGCGCUGCAGGACUCGGUCGCUCAGGUGGAGCAGCUCACAACAGCCAACUCGCGUCUGGGCACAGAGCUGAGUGCCACGGUGCGGGAGCUGGCUGUGGUCGAGGUCGAGCGGGACCAGCUGCAGGAGGAAAACGCCAGUUAUGCCCAGGAGACGGCGCGGCUGAGGCAGGAGAAAGAGGCCCUGCAGCAGGAGCGUGACAGGCUGCGCCAGGAGCUGUGGGAGAUGACCGAGUGCCACGAGUUCAUCGACCAGGAGAACCGCGUGUCCCGCGCCCAGCUGCUGGAGACGGAGCACAAACUGAAGUCCACGCUGGCCACCCUGCGGGAGCGCAGCAUGCAGCACGAGGAGCUGCAGGACGCCCACCAUGGCCUCAAGAUGGAGGAGAGCGCCCUGCGCCAGGAGCUGAAGGCCUGCCAGGCGCAGCUCCAGGACCUGCAGCUCAAGAGGGACGAGGUCCUGAAGGCCUCGUUGGAGAUCGCCCGGGGCACUGACCAGCUGCUGGGCCUUGCCAGGGCGCUGCGCGCUGCCCCGCAGGAAGAGGCUGACAGGACCUUGUCUUGGAGCAGAGCCUGCACCCCCGCCCGCCAGACCCCGCACCGCCUACAUACCUCCUUCGUGGGCAGCGUCCUGAAAGCUAUGGCAGGGAAAGACCCCAAUGGUGAUGGCAUUGGAGUCGGGAGCGCAUUUGCCAAGGUUGAGCCAGCAGCUCCUCAGAAGCCAGCAGAGGCCGAGGCGAGCCUGCUGGAGCGCGUGCAGGAGCUGAGGGACACCAUCGCGGACCUCGUUGCCGCGAGCACCCUGGCACAGGAGGCAGAGCAGGAGAGAGCUCAGGCGCUGCAGGCAGAGAUCGUGGACCUGAAGCAGCAGCUGGAGACCCUGGGGGCCGAGCUGGACGCCCGCGACGCCAGCAUCGCCAAGCUGAACAAGGCGCUGAGAGUCAAGUUACAGAGCGAGAAGGAGCUGCAGGACGUGGUGCAGCAGCAGGAGGAGAAGAUGUUGCAGCUCAUUGACAGGAGUGGCGAGGUCACGAGCCUAAAGACGGAGGUUUCUCAGCUGCAGCGGGCACUGCAGCGGGCCGAGACAGAGGCCAAGGUGCUGUGGGAGGAGGUGAGGGGCCAGCAGCCACCUGCGGACACCAGCAACGUCCAGGAGAAGGUCUGGUUGCGGCAGGAGGUGAACAAGCUGCGGGAGCUGCUCCUGGAGAAGGGGAACGAGAUCUCGCUGCUCUCCAGCAAGUACCUAGAGCAGAGGCGGAUCCUUGAGGGGAGGCUCCAUCAGGUGCAGAAGGUGCUGAAGAGCCAGGAGGAGACAGAGGAGAAGGUCAAGGAGGCAUUGUCAUCCAUUCCUGACGUGGUGGCCACGAGCUCCCAGGAGCUGCAGAACGUGCUCCGGUACCUGGGGCUGAAGCCGGCGGACGGCAGCGGGUGCCCAGCAGCCGUCCUGUAGCUCAUCGUGCCCGGCGCUCUCGGCGGCCACCUGCCCUGCGCCCAGCCCAGCCCAGCCCAGCCGGUUACUGGUCCUGCCCGUGUGUUGCGCGCGGUGGAGGUGGAACUGUACAGUGUUGUAUCAUAAAUCUGUUUAUUCAAUAAAGUGUCAUGCCCGGACUUGCUGCCUGGGGGUCAUGUGUUAGCCAAGCCGGAGGAGGUCCUGGGUGGGGUGGACGCGUGCUGGUCCCCAGGCCGUCAGCUCCUGCUCUGCCCGCUGCGGCCUGCUGUCCCCGCGGCUCUGGAUGCAGCCAGGCUCCCAGGGCCCGUGCCAGUUGCAGCAGGCAGGGCUGGCCUAGCUUCCCCUCCCCGGGGAUGGGCUCCUCCCGCUGCCCUAGAUUCCCCUCCGCUCCCGGCGUGAUCCGCGCAGAGCCGCACGCUCUCCGCGGCGGGGCCUUAUCCCUUCCUUGGCCCCUGCACUCGGCGUGGGGGUGGGGGGCAUGGCUGGGCAUAUGGCGGUAGGGGGAGGGGAAGAGGGUGGACAGACGCCUGGCUCCUGCGCUGCCCUCCCCCAGCCCAGCUCCCUCCCCAGCCUGGGCAAGCUGCUUUGGGUCCCUGCCAGGGCCGGAGGCCUCCGGGGAGCGCGGUGCUGGGCUUUGGGGCGGAUGUGCCAGCCUGGUUCGCGCCAGCUCCCCGCAGGGAGGGUGUCCCCGUGCCCGCUCCGUGCCAGGGCCGUCUCCCGGGUGCAGAGGGGCCCGGGCACCGGGGGGUGGCCAGCCCAAAGGUCACCUUGAGCCCGCUGCCCCCGCGCCCUCCCGGGGGCUGCAGCCGCCUGCCUCCCCCCUGCUGGACGGGGCGAGUCGCCUCCCGGCAGGGGUGCCCGGCCGG